ACUAAUAUUGUAGCCACUGGUAGCCAUGGUAGGUUAUUCAUAAUCAGCUGGUUGAUAAAUUGAGAGUAGAAUAUUUCUUUCUGAAAAUAAUAUCAGUUACGCCCCAAUCCGUUGGGGAAGGAAUCACUGCAACCGCUAAAUUUUUGCCUUUCUGGCAGUGGUAUAUCCAUUGAUUGAACACAAAAUUGAUUAGGUAUAAUAAUGGCAGAAAAUGGGGAUAUUAUCGAGGGAUUCAUAUGUCCUAUCUGCAUGACUGAUUUGAAAACACCGAGUCAACUCACAAAACACUUUGAAGAAUUUCACAAUGAUGAUCCCGAAAUAUUAAAAUCACUAAAAGAUUUAUUCGGGAAAGCUAAGAAGAAAAUUCUCAAGCAGGAUGAUAUCAAUGACGGCCUAACUGAGCAAAAUGUAUCAAUCAGUAAACGCAGGACAAGUCCUGAAAUCAAUUGGGGGCCACAGGAAAUUGGUACUGUUAAAACCCAUACUCUUCACUUCAGAGAUAUCAGAAAUGCGAGGCUAGAGAGAUACUCCGCUGAAACUAAUAAGUUAUUAAUUAGAUUGGAUAAAUUAUUAAAUAAUUUGCCGACUGAUCCAAUUGAUCGAAAAGUUCAUGAGAAGACCAUCGUUCCUUGGAUAGAGGACAAAGACGUUAAACUCUGCCCCAACUGUGCGAGAAGUUUCCACCUGGCAAGGAGAAAGCAUCACUGCAGACUGUGUGGUGCUGUAAUGUGUCACGACUGCACGGUGUUUCUAUCUCUAUUAGAUGCCAAGAAAAUGACAAGCCCAGUCUCUGUCCAAGAUGACUCAGCAGUCUCGCCAACAGUCCCCGAGUCACACUUAACAGGUAGAAUUCUCCGUGCUGGAAUAGGUCUUACAAAACUUGCACGUUCUCCAUCAAAUAGUAGUUUAAACAGUGUUUUAUCAUUGAUGAAUGAUCCAGCGAACGGUGAACAGCAUUUCCGUUUGUGUACUCACUGCAAAAAUCUUCUCGAUGCCAGGCAGAGGCUUCAAGCACGACAAUUCUCAAAACCAAUAAUCAACAAAUUUUACGAAACUAUGAGAACUUAUAUGGAGGAGGCGACCAAAUUCAUGACGAUGUACCAAAAAAUGUGGGAGUCCUUUAAUGAAGGAGAAACCACGUACGAUCUUCGAGACGCGCAAAUUCUUCGAGUGAAAAUAGCAAAGAUAGGGGAGAACGUAGACAACAUCAGCAAACGAAUUCUAGCGAUUGGAACAGCUGAUGUGGAAAAUCCACCGCAGGGGCAGGCCCUCAGACUCCACCAGAUGGUCAGAGCCUCAGCCAUGAUUUUUCUGAAAGAGCACCUAGUGACAAUUCCCUCAUUACCGAGCGAAGAGGUGUAUCUUACACUUCAAGAAAAGCGCCAGCAGAAAAUUGAAGAGCGCGUGGCCUUCGAGAGGCAGUUGGAGAUCGAAGAAGCUCUGAGGGAGAGGCGAAAAGAACAGAGAAUCGACCAUAAAAGUGGGAUGAGUGGUGUUUCAUCGGUUAAAAAUAAUGAACCAAUAAUGGAAAAGUCUGAUGGCUGGGGACCGUCAAGUGCAGUUGCAAUGCUCCCUUCAAGCACAAUGGAUCCAAUUAUCGAACAAAUGAGCAAUCUAAGGUCAUACAUAAAACAAGCACGUGCUGAGUGUAAGUAUGAUGAGGUGGCUACACUCGAGGGUAAUUUAAAGGAACUCCAAAGUGCAUACUUUGCUAUGAAACAGACCAACGAUGGUUAAUCAUAAAAAUUAUUAUCACUAACAAUAGAACUUGUAAUCAAAAUAAGUUGACCGAUCUUAUUAAUCAUGAUUGAUAUCCAAUAUCCACAACUAUACCCUUUGAUCUUUACUAGCAUUUAUAAGAAUAUUCAUAUUCAUUCCAAUAAUUGACCGAAUCAAAUCCAUGAUAUUUGUUUUUCACUUUAUCACUGAAAAUUCUGAUGUCUUUUAAGCUCAACUGUUGCAUGUAAAAAUGUUUCGGUGGCUUGUAAAUAAUAUUUACUGAAUAUUUUGUUCCUAUCACCUAUCUUUCACUUCAAGUUUAAUUGUUUAAUAAGAUAUAUCCUAUCUUUCAACUAUUUAUAACGUAAAAUAUGUAAAUUUAUAUAAAAACGACAAGUAUUUAAUUGAAAUAUAGUACAUGAACAAUACAAA